CCGGCCGGGAGCGCGCGGGGCUUGGAGGGCCCGGGCCGCGCCGACCCCAUGGCCGCGGGCGUGGAGCAGCGGCUGGGCGGCCUCCCCGUCUUCACCCGCGACGACUUCGAGGGCCCCUGGCGCCCAGUGGCGAGCGGCGGCUUCAGCCAGGUGUUCCAGGCGCGGCACAAGCGCUGGCGGACCGGGUACGCCAUCAAGUACCCCUGCUGUCCCCAGCCUGACACCAUCAGCUCUGAUGUGAAUUACCUCAUUGAAGAAGCAACCAAAAUGGAGAAGGUCAAGUUUCAGCACAUCGUGUCCAUCUACGGGGUAUGCAAGCAGCCCCUGGGUAUUGUGAUGGAGUUCAUGGCCAAUGGCUCCCUGGAGAAGAUGCUGCCCACCCACAGCCUCUGCUGGCAGCUCAAGUUCCUCAUCAUCCAUGAGACCGGCUUGGCCAUGAACUUCCUCCACAACAUCAACCCACCACUGCUCCAUCUGGACCUCAAGCCAGGCAACGUCCUCCUGGACAGCCACAUGCAUGUCAAGAUAAGGACCCUAGUUUUGGACUUCGGCCUGUCCAAGUGGAUGGAACAGUCGGCCCGGAUGCAGUACAUCAAGAGGUCAGCUCUGCAAGGCACCCUCAGCUACAUCCCCCCUGAGAUGUCCUUGGAGAGCAGCAAGGGCCCAGGGCCCAAAUACGAUGUGUACAGCUUCGGAAUUAUCACCUGGGAGAUCCUCACUCAGAAGAAACCGUAUUCAGACAUCACAGUGGAGACAGACAUGCUGCUGUCCCUGCUCCAGAGUCCUGUGACUGACCCAGAGAGCGAGGCCCAGGCCAGGAAGGUGUCCUGCACAGCGUGUCUGCGCCGGCCCCGGGAGGUCAGUGAGGAGAUCAGCCAGGAGCUAACAGACAGCGACUCAGGAGACUACUUGAAGCGGGUCCAGCCUCUCUCAGACAGCGAGAGCCUGGUGCUGAGCGAUGAGCAGCUGGGCAUCCGUGAGAACAAGGUCAAUCCCUCCCACUUCCGGGUGGCUCAGGGCCUCCUGCAACGGGUGAGGCUUCUGCCGGCCCAGGAGGUCGACGUGGACUGCCAGACGGCCUGCGGCUACACUCCCCUCCUCAUCGCCACCCAGGACCGGCACCACGACCUCUGUGCCCUGCUCCUGAAGCACGGUGCCGACGCCAACCUGGUGGACGAGGACGGCUGGGCCCCGCUGCACUUCACAGCCCAGAAGGGGGCUGACCGCACUGCCAGCCUCCUCCUGGACCACGGGGCCCGUGUGGAUGGCCAGGAGCACGAGGGGCGGACCCCGCUCCACCUGGCUGCGCAGAACUACUUUGAGAAUGUGGCAUGGCUUCUGGUCUCCCGUCAAGCUGACGCCAACCUGCAGGAGGCUGAGGGCAAGACCCCUGUCCACGUGGCCGCCUACUUUGGCCACGUCAGCCUGAUCAAGCUGCUGACAGGCCAGGGGGCCGGGCUGGACGCUCGGCAGAGAAACCUGAGGACACCACUGCACCUGGCGGUGGAGCGAGGCAAAGUGAGGGCCAUCCAACACCUAUUCAAGAGUAGGGCGGCCGCUGAUGCCCUUGACCGGAGAGGCUCCAGCCCACUGCACAUCGCCACUGCCAGGGGCAAGUACCGUAUCGGCAAGAUGCUGCUCAGGAACGGCGCCAGCCUCGAGCUGCCGACCCACCAGGGCUGGACGCCCCUGCAUCUAGCAGCCUACAAGGGCCACCUGGAGAUCAUCCACCUGCUGGCCGAGAGCCACCCAGACGUGGCAGCUCCCGGAGGCAUGAACUAGACCCCCCUGCACCUGGCUGCCCGUCAUGGGGCAGAGGUGGUGGUGUCCGCACUGCUGCGGUGUGGGACUGACCCCAAAGCUCCCGAGCAGUCAGGCUGGACGCCCCUCCACCUGGCAGUCCAGAGGGGGGUCAUCAGCCUCCUGGAGCACCAUGCAGAUGUCCAUGCCCGCAACAAGGUGGGCUGGACACCUGCCCACCUGGCCGCCCUCAAGGGCAACAUGGCCAUCCUCAGAGUGCUGGUCAAGGCUGGUGCCCAGCUGGACACCCAGGACAGGGUAGGCUGCACACCUCUGCAGCUGGCCCUCUGGAGCUAAAAGCAGGGCAUUGUCGCCUUCCUAGAGGGCAAGGAGCCCUCACUGGCCAUUCUGUCCGGGGCUGAGCCUGGAGCCCAGACAGAAGUUUAGACAACCUGCGGUUUCCUUACCUGUCUAAGGCAGAGAGGUUGGUGGAAGUGAAGCUGGGCUUCUGGCAGGGCCCCUUCCCUGUCCUUGCCGGCUGCCCCUUUGACCUUGAGAGGAGAUGGGAACCUGGUCCCCUGGGCGGUGGAGGGAUGGGGAGAGGAACACUGAGGUUGUAGCUGGGGAAGGGGCCCCUGGCUCCGAGAUCUCCUUUCGGCCCUUCCUCCAUGUGUGUCUCUAGCCAACUCUCAGCCUCCUCCUUCUGUACCUGGACUCAAGCCCCCAAAGUGAGUUCCCUCUUUAUUCCCAAGCUUCCUGCCACCUUUAACAAUUUGCCCCUGAGUGCACGGGGGCCCUUGCAUGCUAGAACUCUCUCUGAAGAAGGAGGGAGGCACAGAGGAGAGGGAAGUGUUCCCUCCCAGCUCACGUCUGUGUGACUUGGCCCCUUUCCUCGGGCGCGGUCAGGACAGCCAGACCCCCGUGCUUUGUGCAAGGGCAGGAGCUGAAAGUUCGGAGGAAUUUUCCACUUCCAGUUCAAAGCCCCAGCCAAGAGCCUGUUGCCGCACCGACCACCUUCCUGGCGGCUCUGGUCCCAGGGCCCAGCUCUGCCUUACAGUCUCUUGCGGGAAAGGAAGGGUCUGCUCCAACCGCCCACGAGUGAUCCUGCAUGGGACGCUUGGUCCCUGGUCCCCCACCUCACCCUUCACCCUUUGCUGUGUCCAGUUAUAUGGCCGGUUUCAAAUCUGACUAUCAUGAA